AUUGUCAGUGGUAUGGGAAAAUACGUGCGCUGCGCAAACUAAUAUAAAGCUGUCAUUAUAAAGCUGUCAUCACCACAAUUACCUUAGUUCCUAUUGGACUGCGCUAGCGACAUGUUGUUUAGUAAAUCCUUGUUCGUUCUUCUAGUAGCCACAAUCGGGCCACAAUGGUUUUCAGAAAAUAAAUCUAAUGGUCUGGCAUCAGCUUGCUUGUCAUCAUCAUCACCGCCGCCUCGUCAACAGAGUCCAAAACACGAAGGAAGAGUUCUAUCUAUUGAUGACAUUCCUCCACAGCCAAAUGGGCCAAUCAAAGUUGGUCUUUACAUCGAAGAUAAAUAUUAUACGUUACCUGUUGCAUCUUACUACAGAAUAGAAUUUCACAAGGACGAUUCAGUUUCAUCUUCCCUCUUCACAAAUCCAUUCCAAUCAACGAAAGGACCAAUUAUUUUUAACGAUCAAUAUGCUAGAUAUGACUAAAUAAGUUUAAAUAAUGAUAUUAAGAGUUUUUAUUCGAAGUAGAUUAUUAUGAUUGCAUAUUAUUUACAACUUAAAAAUACCUGAAAAGGAAUAAAAACUAACUUAAAACUAAAAUAAAUGACCAGUCUUCUGGGAACGUUCCCCAGUGACAGCGAUGCGGACGAGUACUUCGUCGCCUAAAGGAGAGAAGUUUUAUUUUUUAGUUUUUUCUUUAUUAGUUUAAACAAUUAUUUCAGGCAUGCUCGUCGGUUAAGGCUACUUUUAAUUUAGCCCUUCUUUAAUAUAAUUAUCGCCAAUCUGGUUGAUGUAUGUCCGUCUAUGGCGCCCUCUACCGUGUGUAAUAUUAUUUUAUUUCGAUGGCUGUUGAUGAAUUGAAAGAAGUAUGUCAGAUUCGUCUCAAUUGGCGAUCCAUUGUCUCUGCCCACCUCUUUGGGAGACAAGCUUGUGGUUAUGUUACAUGUAUGAUUGUGUCAAAAAUUUAGUUUGAUUGUAGAAGUAGAAGUGAAAUAUUGAGUUUAAACAAACGCUUGUUUUAUAAUAACUAUCGUGAGACAUACUAAAUUAACUAAAAAUCACGGAAACUUGUAGAGUUUUUUUUUUCGUUAAUAAUACGUGAGUAAACCGUGAUUUUUAGUUGAUUUAAAUAAAUGCAUAAUGAUUUUGAAAUGUGGCCAUUUUAAUUUAACCAAUGACUAUUUUAUUAAAACUGUUAGUUAUAAUUGCUUAUUUCACAAAUUUUAUUACGUUUCACUAUCUCACAAUAUCACUUAUUGAUACAAAGAAAUUGAUUAUUAGAUUUUCUGCAAAAGAAAUGUCACUACAAAAAAAGUCUUGUAACUCCAAAUUCUACUUUAAAGAGUUGAUUUAAAGUAUCAAAUUCAUUUAAACAUUUUAAUGAUACAAAUCUACAGCAUUGUAAUAUAAACUACAAUAAAAGAGUUCUCAGAAAACAAAUGAAUGCAAAAUGUGUUGUAAAUAAAAUAAAAAUAAAGUUCAAAAUACUUUGACUCCUAAUAUACA